AUGGAUGAUUUUAACUAUGGAUUCCCUCCGCCGCCUUCAUUCUACACCAACUACUCCCUCAAGUGUACAGACCCUGACGAUUCAUUGGAAUCUAAGUUAAAUUCAAUCAAGGAUGAGAUUAAGGAGGCUGAGGGUUUGGUUUUUGACUAUAAAAAGCUUAAAUGCUUCCAGGGUCCUUUACCGCCAUUCCCACCCAACGAAUCCUGGUAUUCGUUCGGAAAUUCAGAAAAGUUUCAUGAAGAAGAACACACAUUGGAUUCUGAAACCCUUAUACGUCCUGAACCAGGAGUUGUUGACCUCCGUGAACACUUCAGGGUUCUCUACGGUGAUUUUACUAACUCACUUUUUACAUACCUUGAUCUUGUAAAGAAUGUAAGAUUACUAAUAGAUAUUAGAAAUUAUCUUAAAAUUUCGUAA